GCCACCAUUUUUGACAAUUAUGCCACCGGCAUGCAACCCUUCUAAGCUGAACCGUCCUAACACCUACAUUUUACCUUUAAUCUCACCUUCACAGACUUUAAGUUAAAGCGCUAGGACAAGAUCGACAUGACAGAAGCAGCUUCACAAACUUUAUGAUUAUUUGUCUCCCAGCCCCAAUCUCUUCUUCAUCUUCUGUCUUCUUCACUUUUCCGAUUCUUUGAGUCCUCUGUCGACUGUGUGGACUUUCUUUCUUGUGGCAACUAUUGUUUUCUUUUAGGAAAUAUAUAUGAUAAGAUAUUUGGCAUAAUAAUGUAUCGGCUUGUAGUGCAUUUAUAGCUACUCAUUCUUGAACUCAGCUUUAUUUCACAUCAAUAUCGUUGCUCGGCUGACAUUAAUUUGUACUUGAAAAACUCAGCAGGUGAGAGAUUAAAAGUGUCAUAUAUAUAUCUUUCACCAGCCCAACAGAACUUGAGUGCUUGCAUAUGUAUGAGUGCUUGCGUGUGUGACUGGCUGCUGCGUGUGUGAAAAUUUACAUUUUGAACUGAUAAGUGUCCGAUAUUGACCAUUCUCUGCAGUGCUAGGUAAAUGAGAUUAACAUUUUUCCUAGUUUUGUUUGUCGCUUGGUGUUGCAUUUGGCACCAAGCCAUGCUGUGAAUUUAGCCUUUAGUCAUAGCUCUAGGCCAGUACCCUUCUGCUGGCCCGCCCGCCACACCAUGGCAAUAGGUAAACAAAACGACAUGGCAGGGAGACAGCAGAGUCAAUAUCCGAAAAUGGCGGGUGUAACAACUGAAAUUAAGCCUCCAUGACGAUCAAACUGAAAACAAAACGUGGUCUACAAAAUCUGGCCGAAUAGAUGGACCAAUAUUUUUGUAAAAGAUAGCAAGGUUCAAAAGACUGAAAACAGGUUCUUUGUGUUACGGUUUUGGAAAUGAACAUUUGUUCCCGACGAGCAUUGUAUUUCAAAACAUUGGGACGUGACUAGACUUUUACGACUAUAAAAAGCACAAUGACUGAAUGAAGUCAGCAUGCUCGGCAGAACGACGCUUACACCAAAGAUUUCAAGCUCACCCAAAGAUUUAUCUGGUUAAUAAGGAUGGAUACAGACAACGCCAGUGGCCCAGCAUCACUGGACGAGUCCAGACCACAGACGGGCCGCUCUAUCGUGGUGGACACAGCAGUGUUCGAGGAGCAGUUCCUCCGCUGCCAGAUCUGUAAUGAGCGUUUCAACAAAUCCGAGCGCUCACCCAAGUCACUGCCAUGCAACCACACAUAUUGCCUCCCAUGUCUGACUCAGAUCUUCGACCACGCGCAACCACAGUCGCGCCGGCAUCUUCUGUGGGCAGAUGGCGCUGCAGAAGGCACAUUGAAGUGCCCGACGUGCCGGGUGGAGAUAGUCGUCAGUAAAAAUAAGAUCAAGGACCUACCCAAUGACCACCGGGUGGUACAGAUGAUGGACUUCCUGUCGCAGGCCGUCUCGGCCACGACACAGAACUUGUGUAGUCGCCACGAGCGACAGCCGCUCAACUUCUUCUGCCGGAAAUGCCUUAUGCCCGUGUGUCGUGACUGCACUGUGCUGGACCACAAGGAACAGCAGGGCCACAUCAUCGUGGACGUCAAACAGGCCGUCAGCGACAGUUCCAGUGACUUCAACCAGAUGGAGAAUUCAAGUCGUCAGAUUCUUGAAAAAAUGAAGACGAGGUCCGACUCCCUUGCCAACGCCUCUAAGCGACUGGACAUACAAGAGCGGCAACUGCGGGCCGAAAUUAAGGAGACUUUCAUCGAGUAUCGUCUACUGCUUGAGAAGCGGCAGGAGGCCAUGACACAGACCCUCCAACAGAAGAUCCGCGAGCAGAAGGCCCUCAUUAACACACGCUUCGUCAACGUCUGUGAGCACGGGACCCAGCUGCAGAAGCUGUUUGACGCCUUCACCAAAGCCAAGAACUCCAACGACGUCCAACAGCUAUUUAUCUUGCACAAACAGAUGAAGGACCAGGAAGAGCAGUUCAAGACCAUAGCCACGGCAGAGGACAACGAGCUGUUCAAAUCGUGCUCCUUCGAACCGACUUUCGAUUGUGAAUUUCUCUCACAAAUCAGCUCCCUGGGGAAUGUAUCGGUCAAAGACGACCUUAACCUCAAACAGCCCGUGUCCGCACAACAGCUGGAGUUCCUGGAGUCGGAGGAGCAGCGCGAGCGUGAGCAUGAACGGCAGCUGCAGCGCGACCACGAGCUGUACGACCUGCAGAGCGUCAUCCCCAGCCGCUUGAGCAUCGGAAACGAAGACCUGGAGCAGGAGCUGGAUGACUACGAAACCGGCAUGGACAGGCUUCUGGCGAGGUAUCGUCGAACAGAGGACCCGGACCAUGACGACUUUCUUAAUCCCCAGCAUCUUAUUUAUAGCCGACCAGGGCGUCUGGUGCGACAGGCGCAAAGAAUACCAUCUUUCCCCCAGUUGUAUGUACCCGAAUUGUCGCAGCACGAUGUGGCAACGACUGCGCUUCCUAUCGAGCAGUUCAUCAGGACCAGCAGUGGCAGCCGUCAGAGGAGCAGCUCCAGGCCGUCCAGAGGGACGUCCAGAGAGCAGCAGCUCAAUCACCAACAUCCGGGAAACUAUCGUGUUGUGCGGCAUGCGCAGAACGUUUCGCAGCAACCAGACGAGGUCCAAGAGUGAUCGACGGUCUUCCCCCUCACACGGCAUUUUGUAGCUGCCUUCGCAUGCUCCGGUGCAUUUAGGACAACGUUGUAGAUCAUUAGUUUAAUCGAAUUCUUACGGUUGCGUUUAAUUUUUUUUUUUGUAUCUUCAAGGUGUAAAUAUUUAUUUUAAAGCAGUGAUUAUGACUGAUGCUAUUGCAUCAAUGGGAAAAGUGACGUUAAGACUUGAUGCACUGUGAGAUACUGUCCGCAAUUUUUUUUAUAUCAACCGUCAUCGUGAGUCUUCUUAUGAAUGUUGUCGUUAUCGUGACAUUUUUUUUUUACAUAUGACUUCUGUUUUAAGUAAUAGAAAGUAUGUGGUCUUUCAGUCAAGUGUCUUUCUCUUCACUGAAAUUUCAAAAUGCAGUCAUCUUCACACAUCCUAUUAUUUCAUGCAAGCGAAAGUGAUGAUAAACGAACAUAACUAAACGAAAUGAAUCUCUUGCAAAUUGCAAUGUGUUUCUGUUAGCGUACUCCAAACAAACGUAGGCUGCAAAAAACACGUCUCAUAAAUGUUUAAAGAAUUAUGUAACCUUUCAAAACUUAAGUAGGCUUCUUUUUUUAAUUACUGUUACGGUUAAAUAGAAAGGAACUGUGCCACAGAAGCAAUAAAGUUAAUAAACUUAAAUACCACAGA